UUCCGUCCUCUCGCCGCAGGGCUUUCUGGGAAUGGUAGUCCUAAAGUCUGUGUGCUCCAGCAGCAGCCACGGCACUCGCUCCACGGAGGUACUACAGUGUGGCGCGCAAGUCUUGAGGCUCUUCCGCAUUGCCUGCGCGCCCGCCUCAGUUAUCAUGGCGGCUCCCUUGGCCCUGGUGCUUGUGGUGGCCGUGACCGUGAGGGCGGCCUUGUUUCGCUCCAGUUUGGCCGAGUUCAUUUCCGAGAGGGUGGAGGUGGUGUCCCCACUGAGCUCUUGGAAGAGAGUGGUUGAAGGCCUUGCACUGUUGGAUCUGGGAGUGUCUCCAUAUUCUGGAGCAGUAUUUCAUGAAACUCCAUUAAUAAUAUACCUCUUUCAUUUCCUAAUUGACUAUGCAGAAUUGGUAUUUAUGAUAACAGAUGCCCUCACUGCUCUUGCCCUGUAUUUUGCAAUUCAGGACUUCAAUAAAGUUGUGUUUAAAAAGCAGAAACUUCUCCUAGAGCUGGACCAGUAUGCCCCAGAUGUGGCCGAACUCAUCCGAACCCCCAUGGAAAUGCGCUACAUCCCUCUGAAAGUGGCCCUGUUCUAUCUCCUAAAUCCCUACACGAUCUUGUCUUGUGUUGCCAAGUCUACCUGCGCCAUCAACAACACCCUCAUUGCUUUCUUCAUUUUGACCACAAUAAAAGGCAGCGUUUUCCUCAGUGCUGUUUUUCUUGCCUUAGCAACAUACCAGUCUCUGUACCCAAUCACCCUGUUUGCCCCAGGACUUCUCUAUCUCCUCCAGCGGCAGUACAUCCCUGUUAAAGUGAAGAGCAGAGCCUUCUGGAUCUUCUCGUGGGAGUACGCCAUGAUGUACACAGGAAGCCUGGUGGUGAUCGUUUGCCUCUCCUUCUUCCUUCUCAGCUCCUGGGACUUCAUCCCUGCAGUCUAUGGUUUCAUACUUUCUGUUCCAGAUCUCACUCCAAACAUUGGUCUUUUCUGGUACUUCUUUGCAGAGAUGUUUGAGCACUUCAGCCUCUUUUUUGUCUGCGUGUUUCAGAUCAACGUCUUCUUCUACACAGUUCCGUUAGCCAUCAAAUUAAAGGAGCACCCCAUCUUCUUCAUGUUCAUUCAGAUUGCCAUCAUCUCUAUCUUCAAGUCCUAUCCAACUGUGGGGGAUGUGGCCCUCUACAUGGCUUUCUUCCCCGUGUGGAACCAUCUCUACAGAUUCCUACGGAACAUCUUCGUCCUCACCUGCAUCAUCAUCGUCUGCUCUCUUCUCUUCCCUGUCCUGUGGCACCUAUGGAUUUAUGCAGGAAGUGCCAACUCUAAUUUCUUUUAUGCCAUCACACUGACCUUCAAUGUUGGGCAGAUCCUGCUCAUCUCUGACUACUUCUAUGCCUUCCUGCGACGGGAGUAUUACCUCACACACGGUCUCUACUUGACUGCCAAGGACGGCACUGAGGCCAUGCUUGUGCUCAAGUAGCCCUGGCUGGCACAGCGCUGCAUGGACAAGAGGGGGAAGGGCCAGAAGCUGGGCCAAGUCCCUCAUCCAGAGUUGCCAGCAGGCACGUCCUCAGGCAGAAGAAGUUCAAGUCCGGGGUCACAAAUCUCUGGCACCAAAGGGGACUCAUAGCUGGCAACAAGGCCCAUGGGGAGAAGCUAGGAGCACCCCACUUGGACCCCCCACUUUGUGACUGUGCCCAGAAAGGAAGCAGCCGGUGAGCAGGGCUUUAUAGGUUGUGACUACUUAAUAAAUGUGUGGGUCUUUUUUUUUUUUCA